CACACACAAAAAAUCCUUCAUUCUUUAAUUGAUUACGACUAGUUUCCGCAUUUUCUAAUCGCAAAAUCUCGGAAUCGUCAUUUCUCUCUUCGUUCACCCUUCCCAAUCUCUCUUAUUGCUAAACGGGUAAAAAGGCAGGGGAAAAAAGAAAGCCUCCCCCUCAUUGCCCCUUUUCCUCUUUACAGCCCUUUCAAAAUCUGAUUUUACCCUGAGAGGGUUUCUGGGUCUGGUUCUAAGAGAUUGUUUGCGGGUAUUCGAUUGUUUGGAGGUACUAAGUAGAGAGGAAUGGGGUACAUAGGUUCCCAUGGAGUUGCAGCUCUUCAUAGAUACAAGUACAGUGGAGUUGAUCACUCCUAUCUUGCCAAAUAUGUCUUGCAGCCCUUCUGGUCACGAUGUGUUAACUUCUUUCCUCUCUGGAUGCCACCAAACAUGAUAACACUGACAGGAUUCUUGUUCUUGGUUACUUCGGCAUUGCUUGGUUAUAUAUAUUCACCCCAUUUGGAUACAGCUCCACCAAGAUGGGUUCACUUCGCACAUGGAUUAUUGCUGUUUUUGUAUCAGACAUUUGAUGCGGUUGAUGGAAAGCAAGCAAGAAGAACAAAUUCUUCCAGUCCAUUGGGCGAACUGUUUGACCAUGGAUGUGAUGCCCUUGCUUGUGCAUUUGAAGCCAUGGCUUUUGGUAGCACUGCAAUGUGUGGAAGAUACACGUUUUGGUUCUGGGUCAUCUCAGCUAUUCCAUUUUAUUGUGCAACAUGGGAACAAUUCCUGAUGAUUGGAUCUCCCGAUGUUGAUUUUCAUGAAGCUUAUUUUUGUAUUCUUCGAUCCAGCUUUUUCACCAAUACCCUCAUUCUUCCGGCGGUUAAUGGGCCUACGGAGGGUCUGAUGCUAAUAUAUGUCGCUCAUUUUUAUACUGCUAUAGUUGGUGCUGAGUGGUGGAGUCAAGAUUUUGGAAAGUCUUUGCCCAUUGUAAGUUGGGUGCCAUUUGUUAGUGAUUGCAAUUUGUGCUUUGGCAGUGUGUUAAAUGUUCACAAAGUUGUUCAGGUUAGAAAGAGCAGCAUGCCACUGGCAUUAGCAAUGCUUUACCCCUUCUUCGCGCUGAUGGGAGGAGUUCUAAUUUGGGAUUAUUUGUCUCCAUCCGAUAUAAUGGGAAAUUAUCCUCACCUAGUUGUUCUGGGAUCUGGGCUAGCAUUUGGAUUUCUUGUGGGGAGAAUGAUUCUUGCUCACUUGUGUGAUGAACCAAAGGGGUUGAAAACCAACAUGUGCAUGUCCCUGCUUUAUCUACCCUUAGCCGUUGCAAAUGCCCUCUCAGCAAAACUGAACGAUGGAGUUCCUUUGGUGGAUGAGUUGUGGGUUCUUCUCGGCUACUGUUCAUUCACAGGACUUCACUCUGUAGUCUUUGUGGGAACUGCAUUGCUUGAUUUUUACGCAAAGUUAGUUUCUUUACAUGAAGCUCGAACGGCAUUUGAGGAUAUAGACCACCCGAAUGUUGUCUCUUACACAACUCUGGUACAUGGGUACCUGAAGAAAGGCUCUUGCAAGGAAGCUCUCAGGCUCUUUAACCGGAUUCCAGAGAGGAAUGUGGUGUCCUGGAACGCGAUGAUCGGUGGGCUUAGCCAAAUGGGUCACAAUGAAGAAGCUAUAAAUAUCUUUGUUCACAUGCUGAGACAAGGCGUAACACCUGUUGAAUCCACAUUUCCUCGUGCUAUCAUUGCUGCUUCAAAUGUAGCAGCAAUUGGAAUGGGCAAAAGCUUCCACGCUUGUGCUUUCAAAACGAAUUGCCAUCUCGAUGUGUUCGUCGCCAAUUCCCUGAUCAGCUUCUACGCGAAAUGUGGGGAUAUGGAGGAUAGUCUCUUGGUCUUUGACAAGCUUCCUGACAGAAAUGUGGUCUCUUGGAAUGCUGUGAUUUGUGGGCUUGCACAGAAUGGAAGAGCAAAGGAUGCUUUGAUGUUCUUUGAUAGGAUGCUGGCAUCAGGUUUUAACCCGAACGAUGUCACCCUUAUGGGUGUUCUAUGGGCUUGCAACCAUGCUGGUCUUGUCGAUGCAGGCUACUCACAUUUCAACCAAGCAAGGAUCAGGAACCCCAGCGCAUUGAGACCUGAACAUUAUGCGUGUAUGGUUGAUCUACUCUCUCGCUGUGGUCGAUUCCAGGAAGCUGCAGCAUUCAUCAUGAGCUUGCCAUUCGAUCCUGGUAUCGGGUUCUGGAAGGCAUUGCUCGGAGGGUGUCGAAUACACUCGAACGAAGAAUUGGGCGCAUUAGCAGCACGAAAGAUCUUAGCUUUGGAUCCUGGGUGUGACGUUUCGUCUUAUGUAAUGCUGUCAAAUGCUUACUCUUCGACGGGCAAAUGGGGUGAGGCAUCAUAUGUAAGGAGAGAGAUGAAGGAGAAAGGGCUAACGAGGGUUAGCGGGUGCAGUUGGAUUGAGAUCAAAGGUGAAGUUCGUGUUUUCACUAAUAGAGAUGAGAACUGUAAGCAGAAGGAUGAUAUUUAUAGGAUGCUGAAUUUUUUGGUUGAGCAAUUGGUAAUGGCUACUGGCCAGUAA